GUGCCGAGAAUCAGUAGCCUUACUCAUAGGAGCUUCUCACUUGCUCCUGGCACGCUGCAUUGCACCUUCAGCUGAGCAGCGCACCACCUGGUGAUCGAGGCACGCCGGACCCUCGCGAGGAGAGACCGCGUGCAGAUCCCAACAAUAAUUCUGGAGCGCCCUGCCUGCACAAACAACCCCCCCCUCCUCCUCCCCCGAGCAGUGCAGCUUGAUCUGGUGGCUGUCGGCCUGCCUGCCUAGGCUGUCAACUGCCUCGGAGGCUCCAGCUUGCGGGGUUCGUCUCAUGUGGAUUUUCCGUGGCUUAGGCAGACCGCAGCCAUGAAGGACCCUUUCUUCAUACCGCCUAUACCCGCCCUCGAGGAAUGGGUCCGGCCAUUCGCAGAAAAGUAUAAUAUGACUGUGCUGCCGCAGCACAUACACGAAGUCAUCGCCGCGGCCCUCCUCUACACGUUCAUCCACCUCGUCGUCUCGCCGUGGGUUUCUAACAAAUAUGCUCCCGAACAUUACCCUAAAUCGAGGGGCAAACGGGCCAGUUGGGAUUCUCACGUCGUAUCCCUGUUCCAGAGCGUCCUCAUCUGCAUCGUUGCCCUCUGGGUCAUGUGGACGGAUAAGGAGCGCGCUUCCAUGGACUGGCAGGGACGCAUCUGGGGCUACACCGGAUCCAGCGGCUUGGUCCAGUCGCUCGCAGCUGGAUAUUUUGUCUGGGACUUCUGCAUCACCAUCUGCAACCUGGACGUCUUUGGUGUUGGACUGCUCGCCCAUGCUGUCAGCGCACUCUCCGUCUAUUCUCUUGGUUACAGACCCUUUUUGAAUUAUUACGCCACCGUCUUCAUUCUCUACGAGCUGUCGACCCCGUUCCUCAACAUCCACUGGUUCUUCGACAAACUGGGCAUGACUGGAACCAAGGCGCAGCUGUACAACGGCAUCGUGCUUCUCUUCACCUUUUUCUCGGCACGUCUUGUCUGGGGUGUCGGCCAGUCGGUCAUGGUGUGGUACGACAUGUACCGUGCGCUAUUCACUGCCCCGAACACCGAGUACAUGUCCAUCACACCCGCGAAUGAACAACUUCCGGGAACCGAGGACGUCAUGAAGUACGCAAAGGAGGCCGGCCCACUGCCGGUAUGGAUGGCUGUUAUAUACCUGGCCAGCAACAUCACUCUAAAUACCCUGAACAUCUAUUGGUUCGGCAAGAUGAUCAAGGCUGUACAGAAGAGAUUCGAACCAGGUGCGAAGGAUCACAAGAAGGAGGAGAAGGUGAAAGAGAAAAUCAGCAUUCCAGCUGGCGCAGCCACCGCAAAUGACAUUGCGGGGAAGAUUGACGAGCUGAGGCGACGACACACCCUUCCGGACAUCGACAUUGAGAUUAAAGACGAUCUGGCAGACAUGCAGUAGAGGAGACGUGGCCGAUCUGACCAGGUUCUCGAUUUCCUUCCCUCUGCGGACCACCAAUGCAACGAACGCAUUAGGCAGCGAACAGGCAUUAUAGACACGCAAGCACAAGCCAUACACCGGUGGGAAGACAUGCAUCACAUUUUUUUUAUUUUUUUUGCUAUGCUUCGAAGGGCGCAUGAAAGUGUUUGGCCAGUCCUCUUAAUAUUGAAGAUGUUUAAACGAGGAUCUGACCUAAAUUACUAGUGGCGUCAAGCCAGAUGCCCUGGGUGGUGCAUUAUCCUGUCCGAGCCUAAAAAGGGAGAGCUCAUUCGAGAUCCUGCACUGCAGAUCUCUUACCGAACCGAGCCCAUAUAUAUGUACAACAAGAAGGCCUUGGAAAGCAUUCCACGCGGGCAGCGAGUAACAGCGAGAGCAACCCAGGAGGAGUUAGAAGCACUGCUCCUGUAAUUCCGAAUAGAAACCAUCAAGCCCG